AUGACUGUUGUCAGGGCUAUGGACCAAGAUAUGGCCCUUGCCAGCAGCCCAGGUUGGAAUAUCACCAUGCUCCUGGGUGACAAGCAGACCAUUCAUGAAGUGCCCAAAGUCAAAAGAAGCCAGAAAGUGCCUCCAGAUGGCUGGGAGUUGACUGAACAGACACUGGAUGAAUUAGAUCAAAAGAUGAGAGAAGCUGGAACCGAACCCUGGGAGGGAAAGAGGAAAGUGGAAUCUCUGUGGCACAUCUUCAGAAUUCAUCACCAGAAAACCCAAUAUAUCUUCGACCUCUUUUGCAAGAGGAAAGCCAUAAAGCAGAGAACUCUAGAAUACUGCAUUAUAGAGGGCUGUGCAGACAAAAACUUGAUUGUAAAGUGGGAAAAGCAGCGCUAUGAGGAUCUGUGCUGCCUAUGCUGCAUUCACACUCAGGACGCCAUUUGCCGGGUUCCUGAAAGCAAGCUGCAAGUGGAUCACAUCAUCGAGUGCACGCACUGUGGCUGCUGGGGUUACUCUGGCUAA